UGAGAAAAACAGAGAGGGUUCCCGUACAAGGCCAGCUCCAUUAGCUAACCAGCCGAUUCAAAACCGAAAAUAAAGCUUCUAAACAGAGGCUCAAUGGCUUUAGUGUCUGCAGAUUCCAAAAUUGCUGAGCUGCUGUCUGAGCUCCAUCAGCUGAUCAAACAAACACAGGAGGAGCGUUCGCGCAGUGAACACAACCUACUAAACAUCCAGAAGACACAUGAAAGAAUGCAGACAGAAAACAAAAAAUUGUAUCUUUCCCCAGCUUCCCCAUACUAUCGGACAAAGCUGCGUGGACUGUACACCACAGCAAAAGCAGAUGCCGAGGCUGAGUGCAGUAUAUUACGCCAUGCUCUUGACAAGAUUCUAGAAAUUAAAUCACGACUUGAGGAGAGACGUAUUGCUGUAAGGAUGGCAGGGGUGUACACCGACAGUGACCCACCCAGAAAAACAAUGCGGAGAGGUGUUCUGAUGACCCUGUUACAGCAAUCUGCUAUGACGCUUCCUCUCUGGAUUGGAAAACCAGGUGAAAGCCCACCUCCUUUGUGUGGAGCAAUACCCGCAAGCAGUGACUACGUAGCUAAGCAGGGUGACAAGGUGGCAGCUAGGGUGAAGGCUGUGGAUGGUGAUGAACAGUGGAUCCUGGCUGAAGUGGUCAGCUACAAUCACUCCACCAACAAGUAUGAAGUGGAUGACAUUGAUGAGGAAGGAAAGGAGAGACACACUUUAAGCCGUAGACGAAUCAUCCCACUGCCGCAGUGGAAAGCCAACCCAGAGACAGACCCUGAGGCACUUUUCAGCAAAGAUCAGCUGGUGCUGGCCCUUUACCCACAAACCACCUGUUUCUACAGAGCCCUCAUUCAUACCCCCCCUCACCGGCCGCAGGAUGACUACUUGGUGCUGUUUGAAGACACAUCGUAUGCAGAUGGCUACUCACCGCCCCUUAACGUUGCUCAAAGAUACGUAGUGGCCUGCAAGGAGAACAAGAAAAAGUGAAGAGGAGGAUGUUACAGCUGAAGAUAAGGACAUGAUGAAGUGGUCUUUAAAUGGGAGCACUGGUGUAGAAUCAGACUCCUGCUGCAUAUUUUCACUACACGACCAAAUGGAUCUAAACAAGACUCUGAAAUCACUAAAUACCAGCUCUAAUGAAAUGUUACCAGGAGGAAGGCUGAAUAUAUGUUUAAAUUUGUAUAUGAUUCUUGGAUAAUCGUCAGUGGGGAAUCGGUAUACAAGUGUAUGUGUAGAUAAUGUAUGGUUUUUUUUUUUUUUUUUUUUUUUGUACAAUAUUUCUGUCAGGGUGCAGCCAAAGAUAAUAAGGACUGCAGAUAUAGAGUGUAACAUAAUAAAAAGAGAAACUUCU